AUGAACCGUUCCAGCACUGUCGACGCCGACAAGCCCCCAUCCUCGGAGGCGGGCCCGGGCACUAGCUGUGGUGGGCAGCAGCGGGAAGGCAUAAUCCUUACUCCUGCCUCUACAACCGUGUCGGAAGGGAGCGAGGGUGAAAGAAAUCAGAGGCGAGAAGCGGAGGGGGAGUCGACACGGCUAGCCGAAGGUAACGCCGAAAUGGAGGUGCCGAAGAUGGAUAUCAACAACAACAGCAAUCACCGCGAUAACGUCACGGAGGAGGAGGAUUGGACUCAAUACACGCCAUCCCGCAACAACAGGGAAAUUCACGAAGAGAUGGGCAGUUUGAAUAACGAAAUUCCGAACCUGAAAGGAUUAUUUGCCAGAACUAGUUCCGCUACGGACGAAGAGGCUGAUGUAAAUACCCCCUCCUUCUCCCUCCAUCUCCACUUUUCCUUGCACCCUCCCUUGUUCUAUUUUUGGGACAUAUGGCCUUCAAUUUGUUUCUUCCCGAUGUGACAAACAGACCGGAACAAACAUUGAGAUAACGGUUUUUAGCAUCUUACGAGAGUAAAAGCGAAUCACCGGUCGUCGCUCGCUUCGCUAGCUGAAUCCCACCGAGCCGAGAUUGCAAGCCUUACUGCAUCACACCAGCAUGAAAUUAAAAAGCUUGAAGAAUCACACAUGGAGGAGAUGCGGAAUGCCCGGAGAGGCUAUGGCUUUAAUAACGAACUCGUUCGUGGAUUACACGAGAGUUAUGGGAAACAGAUCGAAUCGCUAGUUCUCGAUCUGGGUGAGGCUAGGCGACAGCUGGGAAUGAAGUCGGGUUCUAUUUCGUCGACUUCCUCCUCUCCCAUGGCAACAAAAUCCAGUGUUUCCUCUUUCCCCGACGAGGAUCCCUUGGCCCACGAUAUUCUCGCGAGAAGGUUAUCCAUGGUUCUCAAUUUUGGCGGCCUUGACAAGGCGCUUUCGACUGCCGAAAUAUCGAUCCUGCAUCCUGGAUCUUCGUUCAGGGCUGUGUACAAGCACCUUUGCCAUGCUGUCGGGAACCACCUUCGGGCUCUUAACGCUGCUGCGGAGCUGUUCGCUACUGGUGCCCAAGGGGCAUCGGAAGUUAAGAAGAUUAGACACUUGUAUCAGUCUGCUCUCGAGGAGCAGAUCCAUUUCAGAAUUCUAAAUGAGAGUGGUGGAAAUAACAUCAAGGAUUUAUGGGAAGCCGGGUUAUGGAAAGCGAAUGAUUUUGUUUUGCGGGUCGAUUGUGCAGCGGAAGAAGCCUGGCCGAGCGGCCACGUACAGGACGGAGGCAUCGCAGAGCAACGAAAAAAGUUGAUCUCACCCAACGGUGGCCGGCCUUCCUCUCUGAGGUCCCAGUCAAGAACUCCUUUAGGUCUGACAUCGGAGCAGCUUAUCGAAGUUGAAGGCGAAACAUCGAGGGGUUUUGAUGCCACCGCCGAAUUGGACAGAAUCAACCGGGAACUUGGCGAACUGGAGGUUCAUGACCAUUUGAGGCAUUCUGGCGAUGGGAAUAAGGAAAAUAUCGGCUAUUCGGCUGCAAAACGCUACGUGACCGUGGAGGAAGUUGCGGACGAGGACGAUCCAGUCAGGGCGGCCGGGGAGGGAAUAGAAGAUGAGGGCGUAGGAUUGCUGGACUCCUCCCCCCCAACACCGACUCCCAAGGAGACAGAGGAGACCAUUGUGCCAUUGGUUUGGACGGGUAAUGACAACUCUGGUGAUAAAAUGGGAUCUAGUAGUAGAGUUGCCUCUAACCGCAGCCUAUUUUCACUUCUGGGGGACGGCCUUGGGACAGGAAAGCGAGACAAGAGGCCUGCUAGCGAAUCAAGUGCAUCUGAUUCCUGGCGAUUUGAUGAGCUCUUCCCCUCGCCUACAGAGAGGAAGAAGGGCAAGGAGAGAAGUACAGUGUCGUCAGAUGGUUUGUUUUUUCCCUUCAUCUUCUUUUAUAAUUCUCACUUACAUUUUGGACCUAUAGAGUCGUUGCAGGAUCGGGAUGAGCAAACAAAUGGAACUAGGGGAUCUCAACCUUGGAGAUGGAUGUUGACUCCUGAUGGAACGGUAAUCACGCCGCCACAAUACGAUUUGAGUAACCGGGCUCCUAAAGUGGGGACACAGGGCUUCGAAAGAGCCAGUGUACCGCGUUUGGGGAGGUUAAAUGAGGAGGACACCGAGGAUGGGCAUCUCAUUAGCGAAUCGGAUCGAUUAGACGUUGAACAAGGGGACCUAAUGAUGGGGGGGGGAAGAAACAGAAGCCCUUCUUCUCCCUCGGUGGGGGGGCCGCGGCUUCCCCAGCCCCCCCCCCGGCUCCUGAGCCGUCCACGCGAAAGUCUCCGACACUUCCCGAUUACCUUCGUGCGGAGAUUGAGAGCUCGUAUCAGAGCACAAGGAUCGACGAUGACUCGGAUAUCGACGACAACCAGCCAAGAGAAGCAAAUCUUAAAAAUGCUUUCUCGAAGAUGAAACCUGGCCAAUGCGAUACUCCCGUGAUAGGCACUUCUAGAAGCGCGGCUUCCCUGACCCCUCUUCUUGGCGACGGAAGCCCGGCUCCCCGGCGCGGUGGGCCUUCUCUAAGAGUCAAUACUGACAGUUUCAACACCACUCACGGAUCGGGCGAACGUUCUGCACCCAUGCCCAAGGCGCCCAACCCGAGCAGUUCUACGAAGGGCCCCAAGUAUCGGGGUGGUGGUGCCUCUUAUGGCUAUCCUGGACCUAGCCACGUGCAAGAGGGAGGGGGCUUGGGUGAACCAUGGGAAUCAGGGUCUGAAGCAAGCGCCAAUGGAAAAUGGGGUAAUCGGCGUGGCAAUCGAGGCGGCCAUGGGAAAGGCCCUGGCGCAUAUAAUGCAUGGAGGCGCGACCUUGAGUCGGAAGAUUUCCGAAGCCGAUCUGUUUCACCACAAAUGCCGCCGCCAAGUCGUUCGUCAAUGACCACUACCGAUAGAAGCACUGAAUUCAUCCUUCCGCCACAGACAUACCAGCAGAAUAUCGGCGGUAGCAGCGGCGGUAACGGUCCUGUUCGAUAUGGUGGAGUGCGUUGUAUGGGGCCACUAGGUCCUACCCAUAUGCGAAACUAUGCAGGUACCCACCCGACGGAGAUGAUUUUCCACCAGCCAAUGAAGAGUGCGAGAGAACUUUUUGCGGCCGGCUAUCGGCCAAGCGCCCCCCCCCCCUUUCAUCAGCCCUAUGGGUCCAGUCUAUGCUCCAAACCCCCCACACUCAGUUUCUGCUUUUGGGCGUGGUGCUCCGGGAAGGUCACCUGCGCUCCUCUUUGGAAACAACGAACAGAGGGUCGCAUCGGAGAACGGAGGUAACUGGCCGAUGCGGCCUCCGCUUGCAGCGCACCCUCAACUCAACCCUCAAUUUGGCCCACAUAUGUGGAAUCUGCCUGGUGAGGGACCUCGCCGGAGCUAUUCUACCGAUUCCAUCUCUCCGCUCUUAUGGAAACUCGAUGCGGAGGGUGGACCACAACAGGCUCCAGGUCCCAUCCCGGGACCAAUGAUGCCGCCUCAACGUCCCGGAUCUGCGGUUGCAGACCAAACCGCAUACCAUAACCAGAUUAACGCCUCUUGGAUGAGUGCGCUGGCUAACGGAUACGCACACCAGCCUGGUACUCCUGGAAGCCAUGGAAGCGUGGUGGGGCAGAUGCCAGCUCCGCAGUGGUUCCUCAAUAUGCAGCAAGCCCAAGCCCAAGCCCAGGCUCAGGCUCAGGCUCAGGCUCAAAUGCAAGGGAACCCAAAUAUUCCGCCAGGAUUUGAAGCCUGGGCUGGCAGCCCGAUGGGGGGGAUCCCAGGACAGUGGGCAGUAGGUCCGUUUAGCUCAUAA